AAAUGUAUUUUUGUUAUAAUUACCUAGUUUCGCGAUAUUUCCAACAUAAUUAAUUAUUAGUUCAUCCAGUCGCAUAGUACCUACCGAUAAAAAAACUUAUAAAAACCUUAAGCUCAAAGUUAAAUUAUUUAAAAUAUAAUAUUCACCAGAAGCUUUAUAUUAAUAUGCAUAACAACUUCUUUUUAAUUUACAUUUUCUUAAUAGUUUUUGUCCCAAAAUUGAAAGCACAAACUAAGUAUGACGAAGAAAAUGAUGUCGAUAUACACUGGAGCUAUGAUGAUCAAGAGCACUGGCCACUGGUGUUUUGUAGAAAUGGUACUCAACAAUCUCCAAUACCAUUGUCGCAAAAUACGUCUUUACUAACAGAUCUUAAGCCUUUAGUAAUAGAAAACUUUGAUGAAGAAUAUUUAUUGGAUGUUUCUCAAAAUGGACAUACAGUGGUGGUAGAAAUUCCCGAAGACUGUUAUAGUGAAAUACCAAAAUUGUCAGGAGGUAAAUUAACAGAAAAUUAUACAUUGAGCAGUUUUCAUUAUCAUUGGCCUUCCGAACAUACUAUUGAAGGAAUUCAAUACAGUUUGGAAAGCCAUUUUGUAUUUUUUGCAACAAAAUACGUUAAUUAUACAGAAGCCUUGAAGCAUCCUUUCGGACUUACAGUAAUAGGUGUGCUGUAUCAGGAAACAAAUUAUACUGAGAGUGAUAAUUUUGAAGUUAUUGCAGAAGCCGUAAAAGAAACAUCUGGCCAAUUAUAUACCAAAGUGAGGACAAGCACGCCAAUAAACUUAAAUGACUUUCUGCCCAGUAAUCAAGAUAUAUUUUUCUCUUACGAGGGAUCACUUACGACGCCAAACUGCAGUGAAUAUGUUAACUGGAUUGUAUUCAAAGAUACUUCUAUUAUAAAAAAUACAUAUUAUAUGGAUCUGAAGCAUAUAAAGGACGAAAAUGGUACUUUAUUAGAAUUUACCAAUAGGGAUUUGCAAGAGAUUAAUGGAAGAACAAUUAAUUUGCAAAAAUCGUAACAAUGUGUGACACUGAAUAGGAUAAGUGAUAAAAUUAAUAUUUUCUAACAACUUAUUAUUUACCAGCAGUAUAGCAAUACAAUUGAAGUAUAUGAAGAAUUCUGCACAAAAAUAUAUGAAUUUAACGAUUCUGAAUAUUAAUAAAACUACCUGUCAAAUAA